GCAGUGCUGGGAAGAGGUGAGCAAGGGUGCACAGAAAGCUCCCGCUGGCCUUGGCAACUCAGAGGUCAUUCCGGACUUUGAGGGGCUGGCAUAGAAACUAGACCGCAGAAGGCUGGGAAGCAAGGAAGUGUGUGUGUGUGUGUGUGUGUGUGUGUGUGUGUGUGUGUGUGUGUGUGUGUGUGUGUGUGUGUACACGCGCGCGCCCGUGUGUGUUGGGAGGGGCGGGAAGGUGAUUCAAGGGACCGGUCCAACACCUGGAGAAAACCAACGCUUGCUGGUCGGUUUAGCUACCAAGACCGAGAUGCCGCGCCAGUUCCCCAAGUUGAACAUGUCCGAUUUGGACGAACAUGUCCGGCUGUUGGCGGAGAAGGUGUUUGCUAAGGUGCUCCGAGAAGAGGACAGCAAAGAUGUCAUGUCCCUGUUUACUGUCCCCGAGGACUGUCCCAUCGGACAGAAGGAAGCCAAGGAGAGGGAGCUACAGAAGGAGCUUGCAGAGCAGAAGUCUGUGGAGACAGCAAAAAGAAAGAAGAGUUUCAAGAUGAUCCGGUCGCAGUCUUUGUCCCUGCAGAUGCCAACACAACAAGACUGGAAAGGUCCUCCAACUGCCAGUCCUGCCAUGUCUCCUGCAACCCCUCUGGUUCCCGGAGCUACUUCUAAGCCUGGGCCAGCACCCUAUGCUAUGCCUGAGUAUCAGCGGGUCACCAUCAGUGGAGAUUACUGUGCAGGGAUCACUGUGGAAGACUAUGAGCAGGCUGCCAAGAGCCUGGCCAAGGCCCUGAUGAUCCGGGAGAAGUAUGCACGGCUUGCCUACCACCGCUUCCCACGGACCACAGCCCAGUACCUGGCUCAUCAGGGGGAAAGUGUGCCUUUGGAAGAGGGUCUCCCAGACUUCCACCCUCCCCCACUGCCCCAGGAAGACCCUUAUUGCCUGGAUGAUGCACCCCCCAACCUGGGCUACCUGGUUCGCAUGCACGGAGGUGUUCUCUUUGUGUAUGACAAUCAGACGAUGUUGGAACGCCAGGAGCCCCACAGCCUGCCCUACCCUGACCUGGAGACCUACAUUGUGGACAUGAGCCAUAUUCUGGCACUCAUCACUGAUGGCCCCACGAAAACCUAUUGUCACCGGCGACUGAACUUUCUGGAAUCCAAGUUUAGCCUUCAUGAGAUGUUAAAUGAAAUGUCAGAGUUCAAGGAAUUGAAGAGUAACCCCCACAGAGACUUUUAUAAUGUGAGAAAGGUAGACACACACAUUCAUGCAGCGGCCUGCAUGAAUCAGAAGCACCUGCUGCGUUUCAUCAAGCACACGUACCAGACAGAGCCCGACAGAACUGUGGCGGAGAAGCUAGGUCGGAAGAUCACCCUGCGGCAGGUGUUUGACAGCCUGCACAUGGACCCCUACGACCUCACGGUGGACUCGCUGGAUGUUCAUGCAGGCCGCCAGACAUUUCACCGCUUCGACAAGUUCAACUCCAAGUACAACCCCGUGGGGGCCAGCGAGCUCCGGGACCUGUAUCUGAAAACUGAGAACUACCUCGGGGGAGAAUACUUUGCUCGCAUGGUCAAGGAAGUGGCCCGGGAGCUAGAGGACAGCAAGUACCAAUACUCAGAACCCCGGCUCUCCAUCUAUGGUCGCAGUCCCAAGGAGUGGUCUAGCCUGGCCCGCUGGUUCAUCCAGCACAAGGUCUACUCACCCAACAUGCGCUGGAUCAUCCAGGUGCCCCGCAUCUAUGAUAUAUUUAGGUCAAAGAAACUACUGCCAAACUUUGGGAAGAUGCUGGAGAACAUCUUCCUGCCCCUGUUCAAAGCUACCAUCAACCCCCAAGAUCAUCGGGAGCUUCACCUCUUCCUUAAAUACGUGACUGGGUUUGACAGUGUGGAUGACGAAUCCAAGCACAGUGACCACAUGUUCUCAGACAAGAGUCCCAGCCCAGACCUCUGGACCAGCGAGCAGAACCCGCCCUAUAGUUACUACCUGUACUACAUGUAUGCCAACAUCAUGGUGCUGAACAACCUCCGCAGGGAACGAGGCCUGAGCACGUUCCUCUUCCGGCCUCACUGUGGGGAGGCCGGCUCCAUCACUCACCUAGUGUCUGCCUUCCUGACGGCAGACAACAUUUCCCACGGGCUGCUGCUUAAGAAGAGCCCUGUUUUGCAGUACCUCUACUACCUUGCUCAGAUCCCUAUUGCCAUGUCUCCUCUCAGCAACAACAGCCUGUUUCUGGAAUAUUCCAAGAACCCCCUCCGGGAAUUCCUGCACAAGGGACUACAUGUCUCUCUCUCUACCGAUGACCCCAUGCAGUUUCACUACACAAAGGAAGCGCUCAUGGAGGAGUACGCCAUUGCGGCACAAGUGUGGAAGCUGAGUACCUGCGACCUGUGUGAGAUCGCCAGGAACAGUGUGCUGCAGAGUGGCCUCUCACAUCAGGAGAAGCAGAAGUUUCUGGGUCAGAAUUAUUACAAGGAAGGACCAGAGGGCAAUGACAUUCGAAAGACAAAUGUUGCACAGAUCCGGAUGGCAUUCCGCUACGAGACCCUGUGUAAUGAGCUCAGCUUUCUGUCCGAUGCCAUGAAGUCCGAGGAGAUCACAGCCCUGACCAAAUAGGCCCAGCGGUCCACACACACUUCACUAUUUGGUUUAAUGUCAGGUCUGCUGGGGGUAAUGGUGGCCAAGAUCUCAAACUAGGGCUUCCGUCUGUGAUGAGGACGCCUCUGAAGAAAUCUCAAGCUCCCAAUUUUGGUUGCACUUUACGAACAUGCUCACUUCGUUAGCAUUUCUGAGCCAGAGGCUGGCUCCCUCCCGUGGGGAUCUGGGAGCUGGCACUGUGUACACCUGUCCCUGACUGUCCACGUCUCCCGUGAUUGCCAGUGCUAAUAUGGCUGGGGCUGAGACUUUGCAAGGCCUAAUGCCAAAGGACACAAGGCCUGUGUGGUGUCUGCCACACUCAGCAGGCCCUGUAGUGGUUCUCAUUUUGGCAUCUGGCUGGCUGCCUGCCUUAAACCCCCACCAAAGCUCCUUUUCAUAAAGGGGCUACCUUGAGAGAAAAUACAAACGCUCUCCUGUUGAUGAUUUGUGCAUUUUAAAAAAUGAGUUUCUUUCCCUCUUAGCACCCCUCCUUCCUGUCUGGUUAGGAAGCCCAAUGCACCCUCUGAGGUCAUCACUUCUGUUCUAUGUUAUUAUCUAGGACUCAACGAGUCAUCUCAAACCAUAUUCUGUGAAUCCAUCUCAUGGUCCACUCCUGGGCUGCGGAAGGUACAAGGCGAGGUUAUGGGGCUGCUCUUCACUUUUUGUUUUUAAAUGAAGACCUCUGAAAAGCACAGGGCCUCUGCUCCUUCUGGCUCUGAUGUCCUGUGACUGUAGUGUCACCACCUCCCCUGGGAGUCAGACCAGGGACUCCUCAGGGAGUGAAAUGUGCUUCAGGACACACAGGACUCGAGCCAAGCUCCUGAUCCAGUCACACCCCACCCCCGACUCCCCUGCCUCCUCCUACUGUUUUAGGCUUCACAUAUUUUAAAUGUUUGAAAAAGAGUCACUAACAAAGUGGAUUUUAUUUUAAAGCAGAUUUCUUCAGAAGCUAUCAUGGUCCCAGGGACUAGGUAGAAUUUUUAAGUCUAACGUGAACUUUAGCUUUAUCAGACAUUUUUGUUACUAGUGCCUAGAACAUAGUAGGUGCUCAAUAAAUACACAUGGAGUAAUUGAAUGACUUUCUCUUUUGGCAUCUGUAUGUGCAGAAUACUCAACAAUGUUCAAAGACCUUCUUAACUAUUCAGAAGGCAGGAAGUCCUACACCAUAGUUAGAUGAACCUAACUGUACCUGGAAGUUGCCCAUUUAACUAAUUAUUCUGUCCUGUGACUGUCAUCCUUCCAGUUGUUGUGUAGCGUAUGGAACCAUGUCAUCCUUUUACUAGGCAAAUACACAUACUAUCUCACAUAGAUGAUUAUGAAACUGAAUGAAAACCUGUCAUGCGGGAUUAUUUUUGAAAAGCCUCCAUUUGUAUACAUUUGCCCAAACAUAGCAACUAUUGUACAGUUUUUCAUUGUAUCAAAUACUUUUUUAAAGACUACAAAUAAAGUCUAUUAGGACUGUGA